AUGUUGGGCGCAUGGCGGGAAGGAGGACGACGGUGGAUGAGCAUGAAGGGGUUAAUGCAGCGUCAUGUCUUGAUUGUUUAUGACCUUGAUCCUGAUGUCCACGUUCCCCUCCUCUUCGAUGUUUUACAUGCUCAUCGCCCCCUUCUCAUAUCGGACCUGUUCGAUUAUGCUGUCAAGAUUCAUCAUUCACAAGAGAUCGUAUCAAGAACGAUCGAAGAUCCUCACAAGUUCCACCGGUACACGUAUUCGGACUGGGGGAAGAGGACGAAGAGGAUGGCAAACAGCUUGAAGGAGCUGGGUGUUACUUCAGGAGACCGAGUUGCUACUAUCGCCUGGAACGGAUACCGGCACUUUGAGCUCUACUACGCCAUUUCGGGGGGAGGAGCAAUCCUACACACCAUCAACCCCCGCCUGAGUGCAGAGCAGAUGUCUUUUAUCAUCAACCAUGCUGAAGACAAGGUCAUAUUUGUGGACCUUACCUUCUUCAAAGCCCUUCAGGCUAUUUUGCCGAAGCUUUCUACAGUGAAGGCCAUUGUGGUCAUGAGUGACAAAAAGCAUGUUGCAUGCUUGGACUAUCUGCAGUACGAAUUCGUUUGGCUUGCUAUGGACGGCAAGAGCAUAGCAGAACUUCUUUGUGCAGAGAGAGUAUCAUGCACUGCUGGGGUUCCCACGGUAUGGAGCAUGCUCUUUAACUACCUGGAGUCAACUGGAACCAGAGUCCCAGACCUCAAGCGUGUGCUCGUUGGUGGUGCUGCUUGUCCUCCGUCCAUGAUCGCGACAUGGGAAAAGAAGUUCAAGGCAAGGCCUCGUGUUCGAUGCCAACAUGCAUGGGGCAUGACAGAAUUGAGUCCGACUGGAGUGAUCAAUGACCUCCCAAAGCUCGACGACAAUGAGUAUCCAAUCUCCCAAACAUCGGACAAGCUGCCGCGAGAUGGCAAGACAGCAGGACGGCUGAAAAUACGAGGGAAUUGGGUUUUGGAAUCUUAUUACAAGUCGGACAAGCCAGCGGUCGAUGAGGACGGAUGGUUCGACAGCGGAGAUGUUGCGACCAUCUCUGAAGACGGCUACAUGCAAAUCACGGAUCGCAACAAGGACCUGAUCAAGUCUGGUGGAGAGUGGAUUAGUUCUAUCGAGCUUGAGCACGCAGCAGCCAUCGCUGUCACUCAUCCAGUCUGGGGAGAGCGUCCUCUGAUCGUUGCUGUGGCUAAAGAGAACUGCAAGGUCGACAAACAGGAAGUUUUCAAGUUGUUCGAGUCUCUUCCCAAGUGGUCAAGACCCGACGACGUGGCGUUUGUGGAUCAUCUUCCUGUGGGGGGGACCGGCAAGGUCCUCAAGGUCAAGCUACGCGAGAUGUUCGAUGAUCACUACGCUAAGCUGCACAAUGCCACGAAAUGA